AUGUCGCUCAUCGUGCCGGCUCCGCAAGUCGGCGGGCCGAAUCGGUCCCGAGCUAAAGCCAUCGGCAUCGUCCUCCUCGUUGGCUCAUGCUGGCUCGCCGCCACCCUCCUUCCUCGAGGCCGCGGCGGCAACAAGAUCACUGCCCCUGCAGUGCUCGAGAAGUGGGGUGGUGGCAUUGACAAGAACUCUGAGGAGUACAAGAUUGCACGCUUCCUAUUUGACGACAUCCAGCAUGUCCUCUGCCCCGGCCUCUGCGUGUUUGGCGUUUGUGCAGCGGCCGGAUGCCCCGCGUUGAUGGAGGCGGGGUGGUCGUCUCUGGAUUCGGCGGAAAAGGUUGAGGUCGCGCCAAUGCUUGGCGUUGUCGCCGGAUAUAACUGGAAUAUGACGGCCGACGCGUUCGGCGGACAUUGCACACUGUCGAUGGGUCUCGACGGUCUGCCUCACGCGCUGAGCUGCCUACCGGACGACGACGUGUACGGCAAAAAGAAACAGCUCGCUCAUAAAGGGAGCAUUGGCGAGCUCGGCCACGAGAUCCCUCCGCCCCACCAGGCGGCGGCUGGCACGAAGGAGCCCUCCUUCCUCUUCGCGCGCGGCCUCUUUGCCUCCUUUCUCUCGGCCGGAAUCGGCGCGGCGGUCACCAAUCCGCUCGAGCUGGUCAAGGAAUCAUGUUAUCCGGGCAUAUCGGUCAACUUCUCGCCAGCUCCUCUAAGCACGGACGGACGGAAAAACACCCCCCUUUUAUGCCUGACCCUGGGCAUGGCCUCUCUUGGGGCAACAACCGUCUACUACGGCGCGAAGAAAACCGGCUUCAUGAUCCGCGGCAGCCGCGUCGACCUGCUGGCCCAGGGGCGCGAGCAGCCGCCGCGCGACGCACUGGCGCGCCUCGGCAUCUCGGUCGACGCCGGCGACGCCGGCGCGCUUCCCGAGCAGUCCGACUCAAUCGAGUCGUCCCGGCUGCUGCUGCUGCACUGCAUCCGCCGGCUGGGCGGCGGCCGCUCGCGGACGUCGGAGCUGGCUGCGACGCUGCGGUCGCGCCUCCUCUCCUCGCUGCGCGGCGACUCCAUCGCCUGCCGCAACCGCGCCCUCUUCCUGGUGGGUGUCCUCUCGGGCGACGGCGACUGCGCAGCGGCGCUGGCCAGCGCGGGCGCGGUCGGCGAGCUGUGCGAUCUGCUGCGGCAGGGCGCGCCGCGCGCGCCAUCUCUGAUCGAGCGCCAGUGGGCCCUCGUCUCGCUCAGCCACCUCGCUGGCGCCGCCCCGGGCCACGCCCGGCUCUUUGUCAAGGCGCGAGCCGGCGAGCUGCUGGCGGAGACGCUCCGCAGCUGCGCGUCGCAGCUCGGCGCCUCGCAGCCUGGCGCUCCGCACCUCGGUGCGCGCGAGGCGCCCACGGCGGCGGAGGCCUGCUCAGGCGGGGAGGCGCCGUGCGCGACGUCGCCGGCGGCCGCUGCCUCUGGCAGGGAGGAGGCGGCGGUGGCGGCGGCGAGUGAGGCGGCAGCGGAGAGCGAGGCGGCGGCGGCGGCGAGCGGGGCGGCAGGGGGGUCCUCGGUGGAGGCGGCGGCAGUACCAGCGCAGGCGCAGGCGCAGGCGGGUAGUGGCGGCGGCGGCGGCGGCGGCAGUGGCGGCGGCGGCGGCGGUGGCGGCGGCGGCGGUGGCGGCGGCGGCGGCGGUGGCGGCGGGGCUAGCGGCGCGGGUGCGGCGUCUGCCUCGCAGAGCGGCGAGACGGACGCGGAGCGCGAGCGCGCGGCGUUGGGGCUGUGCUACGUCAUCUCUGCGGUGGUGGCCAACCUCACCCUCGACCGGCAGGGCGCCAAGGAGGUGUCGACGAGCGGGCUGCUGUCGGCCCUCGUGCCACUGCUCCUCGCAAAGCGCGCCACCGGAUCCCCGCGGCUCCUCAGCUAUGACUCGGCCACACCUCUCGGCCACGGCCCGCCCUCUAGGCGCGCCACCGUCUCCCUGCCCUCGGCGCGGUGGCUCUGCACCCACAGCCGCACAGGGCUGCACAACGCCUCGCUCGGCGGCGGCGCCGCGCGCGCGAUGCUCAACUUCGCCUACCGCGGGCACGAGACCGCGCGGAUGCUCCUCUCCGUCGGCGCGCUGCCGCGGCUGCUGGCCUUGGAGGACACGCCCGAGGCGUCCGACAAGGUGCGCGAGAUUGCGCAGCGAGCCGCUGCCUACUUGGCCGAGGUGUCGACGUACGUAUCGCGCGCGGCGUCCUCGUGCAGCGGCGACGACGACGCCGACAACGCCGACAACGCGCCCGCCGACGGCGCGGAAAGCGCGCCGCCCGCGCCGUCGCCAGCGCCGCCUGUAGCCCCUCCGCCCGCGCAGCCACACGCGGCGGCGGCGGCGGCGGCGGAUGUGGCGGCUGUGGCGGCGCCGACGGGCGCUGGCGGCGAAGCGGCGGAGGCGGAGGCUGAGGGAGAGGCGGAGAGAGUGGCCUUGCGCGGGAAGGAGGGUGGUCAGUCCGCCCCGUCGACGGCGGCGUCGCUCCUCCGCCGCAGCCUGACGCCGCCCGCCGAGGCGCUGCUCCAGGCGCCCCCGGGAGGGUGGGAGGCGCUGCGUUGCUCCCAAUCCGCCGCUUCCGUCGCUACCGGCGGCGGCGGAGGCGCGUCCUGGGAGCCGGUGCACCACAUUCACGACCCCGCGACGGUCGCCGCCUUCGACCGCGGCGCGGAGGCGGCCGGUCUGUACCCCGACUGGGCGUGGUCGCUCGACGCCGCGGGCGCCGGUUGGUCUUGCGUGCCGCUCGACAUAGCCGCCGCCGCCGGCCGGCGGGGGAGGGAGGGCGGGUCGGCGCGGCGGGCGAGGCCGCGCACGCUCCCUCCCAACUGGCCGGCCGGGGUGGUCUACGCGCCCUUCCUGCUCUGGGUGGAGCCGGCGGUGGGUGGGGCGCGCGCCGACGCCGCCGACGCCGCCACCGACGCUGCCGGUUUGGCGUCGGCACGGAUGGAGAUGGCGCAGUGGCGGUGCAUGGGCGGAGUCUCAAUACAGCCGCUGCCGCCAAAGCACCCCGCCGCGGCGCCGGUGGGAGCGGCGGGCGUGUCGGCGGGCGCGUUCGGCCUCUUUGCCUCCGUCACCCUGCCGUGCGGAGCCGUGCUGGGCAACUACACCGGCCUUGUCAAGCCUCAGCGCGCGUACGACACCUCGCGCUACCUGGUGGAGGUGUGCGAGCGGCGGACGGGGCGCCGGUUCGACAUCGACGCGGCCAAGUACGGCAACGAGACGCGUUUCAUCAACGACUACACGGGCAUCGCGCCUCAGCCGAACGAGCUGCUCGUUGACUACGGCUGCCAGUUCUGGCUGGAUGAGAGCGCAGAGGAGAGCGCGGGGAGCAGCCCGGGCUCGAGCCGCAGCCGCAGCCCACCGCCGCCCGGACAAGCAGUGGCGAUGGACACGGCUGAGGUGGAGGCGGAGGCGGAGACAGAGACGGCGGCGGAGGCGAACGCGGCGGCGUCAGUUGCGACAUUCGCAGACGCAGCGGCGACGAUUGCGGAGACGGGGGCAUCGGACGAGGCCGUGCAGAUCGAGGUAGAGGAGGAGGCCGAGGAGGAGGAGGUUGACCCGGUGUCGGGGCCCGAGGACCGCAUUACGAUGGAGCAGAUGUACAGGCAAGGAGCCAUUCGGACUGACUGGGACUGCAGCCACGGAGGAGUGGAGCUCACGUACCGCACCAUCUGCGACCCAAUCGAGAAGUUCCCGCCCGGCCGCGACCUGAGGCCGUAA